UAAUAUAUUCGAUCGAUUGGUAUCUCGAUCGUUUCUUCUCUUGUCACCGUAAACAAUUAUUUUAAACACAGGUAUUUCGAUUAAUGUCAAAGUACCGUUUUACUUGUAACUUCUCCAUUGGCACAUGGCGUGCGCGCGCGUAUAUGAUGUUGGCACGAUGUGGCACAAAAUUAAGUUUUCCGUCAAAUUGCAAUACCGAUGCUUACGUUAAUUAAUACGCGUCGCAUAUUUUCCCAUCAAGGAAAUACCGGAUAUAUAACAUAUAUAACAGUAAUAAAUAAACAUCUUAAGUCUAAGUGUAUUCAUUCUAUUGACUUAAUUAAUUUUUUUGAAUCCUAAAUUUGAGUGAUAAAUGAUUAUAAAAUAUUUUAGUUUACAGUGAGAUUGUUCGUCAAGUUGAGUGUAAAUUAGUUUGUAAGAAAUUUAAAACGAUCGAAAAUGCCACAGAACGAAUAUAUCGACAAACACCGAAAGUUAUAUGGACGACGUUUGGAUUAUGAAGAGAGAAAAAGAAAACGAGAAGCACGGGAGCCUCAUAAACGGGCAGAACGUGCGCGUACAUUGCGUGGUAUUAAGGCUAAGAUCUUCAAUAAAGAGCGUCGCAAUGAAAAAAUUCAAAUGAAGAAAAAGAUCAAGGCUCAUGAAGAGAAAAGAGUAAAGCAAACAUCAGAGAGUCCUUCAGACGGAGCCGUACCGGUAUAUCUUCUUGACAGGGAUGUCACUAAAAGAGCUAAAGUAUUGUCUAAUAUGAUUAAGCAAAAACGAAAGGAAAAGGUUGGAAAGUGGGAUGUACCGAUACCCAAAGUUAAAGCUCAAUCAGAAUCUGAAGUUUUCAAGGUGAUGAGAAGUGGAAAGUCCAAACGAAAAUCUUGGAAAAGAAUGGUUACUAAAGUUACAUUUGUUGGUGAAAACUUUACAAGGAAGCCACCCAAGUUUGAAAGAUUUAUUAGACCGAUGGCGUUACGCUUUAAAAAAGCACACGUUACGCAUCCAGAAUUAAAGGCAACUUUUUAUCUACCAAUCAUAGACGUUAAAAAAAACCCAAGCUCUCCUAUGUAUACAAAUUUAGGUGUAAUAACUAAAGGUACUAUUAUUGAAGUAAAUAUCUCGGAAUUAGGUCUUGUAACCCAAUCUGGUAAAGUUGUAUGGGGCAAAUACGCACAAGUCACAAAUAAUCCAGAAAACGAUGGUUGUAUCAAUGCCAUAUUACUCGUUUAAUCCAAUUUAUAAUCCAAUGUGUAAUUUGCUGUUGUUACUUAAAUUAAUUUAUCUUCCUCCAUUGUAUCUUUUCCUUAUGUAAAAGAAUGAUUGUAAUAAAGAUAUCUUGUAAAAUAUCUGUCUGUCUAUAUGACUCUCUUCUACACGAUAUUCCUUUCACUAAUAUACGUAAGACUUGGAAUUAUUUUAUGAAAUAUAUUCAAACAAUAACUUUUGUAUGUUUAUUUUCUGAUCAUUUACUGAUCUCUUUUUUUCCUUAUGUGGUACAUGAUAAAAAAUUAAUUUCAAUUGGUAUUGUUGCAGUUAUAGGAAGAUAUCAUCAUGCAGAUCUUUGUAAAAACGCUUACAGGGAAGACCAUCACCCUUGAGGUAGAAGGUUCUGAUACCAUU